AUGGAAGUUGAUUUACCGAGCUUUGUUCAGGCCCGACUUAAGUCGGACACCGGAGAAGAGACAGGCAGUCCACUUGACCUGCCUCUGAAUAUAACAAGAGAUCAAUUACAGAGUAUUUGUAAUAAACUCUUACAAGAAGAAGACAAACCAUUUCUUUUUUAUGUUAAAGAUGUUGAAAUUACGCAUACCUUGAAGGAUGCACUUGAUAUUAAAAAUUUAAACUCUGAAGAAGGGGUUGAAAUUAUAUAUCAACAGCAGGCUGUGUUUAGAGUAAGGCCAGUUACCAGGUGUACCAGUUCAAUACCAGGCCAUGCAGAAGCAGUAAUAUCAACAAGUUUCAGUCCGUCUGGCAAGCAGCUAGCCAGUGGCUCCGGAGACACAACUGUUAGGUUCUGGGACAUUGCUACUCAAACUCCAUUACAUGUUUGUAAAGGUCAUGCCAAUUGGGUUCUUUGCAUAAGUUGGUCUCCUGAUGGUUUAAAAUUGGCUUCAGCCUGCAAACAAGGUCGGGUGAUAAUAUGGGACCCAAACACUGGUAAUCAAGUUGGAAAAACAAUGAUUGGACAUAAACAAUGGAUCACUGCACUUGCUUGGGAACCUUAUCAUAGAAAUCCAGAUUGCAGAAAACUGGCGAGUUCUUCUAAAGAUGGAGAUGUUAGGAUAUGGGAUACAGUGACAGGUCUCACUAUAUUAAGUCUAACUGGACACGCUAAGGCAGUCACAUCUGUAAAAUGGGGUGGUAAUGGACUCAUCUACACAUCUUCUCAAGAUAGGACAAUAAAGGUAUGGAGAGCUGAUGAUGGAGUGCUCUGCAGAACAUUGGAAGGACAUGCACAUUGGGUGAACACAUUAGCACUAAGUACAGACUAUGUGCUGCGAACUGGACCAUUUCAUCCAAUUAUUGACCAACAUUCUGCUGUUAGUGACAAAAAUAUGUUACAACAAAGAGCCCUAGAAAGAUAUGAAGCAGUAUGUGGGAAGAGCGAGGAACGCCUAGUAUCGGGAUCGGAUGAUUUCACAUUAUUCCUGUGGCUGCCAGAAAAAGAAAAGAGACCACUAGCGCGAAUGACAGGCCAUCAACAACUCAUUAAUGAUGUAAAAUUUUCUCCAGACACAAGAAUUAUAGCAUCAGCUUCCUUUGACAAGUCAGUAAAACUGUGGGACGCAGCAACUGGCAAGUUCAUAACAACUCUAAGAGGGCAUGUGCAAGCAGUGUACAUGGUGGCAUGGUCAGCAGACUCGAGACUUCUAUUGAGCUCCAGUGCAGAUUCCACUUUGAAAGUUUGGAAUAUGAAAAUAAAGAAAUUAGAAUUGGAUCUCCCUGGGCAUGCUGAUGAAGUAUAUGCUGUAGACUGGUCACCUGAUGGAGCUUAUGUGGCUUCAGGGGGAAAAGACAAAGUAUUAAAAUUGUAA